CUUAAGAGACUGAGGUCACUUCCUCCUUUUUAACCAUCGUGGUAAAGAUGGCGGAGCAAAAGUCGGUGCCGAGCGAUUUGUAUAAAUGCGUGUACUCGUUUCUGAUCGAGAACAAGUUCUCAAAGGCGGCUCAGCAAUUCGUCAAACAAAUUAAAGUGAGCCCACAGGAUCCAAAUGAGGAAAGUCUUCUUAAAAUCUACGACUUCUGGGUGAAAUCUCCCCAAGCUAAAAAACGAAAAGCACUUGCUGACGAGACUGAAGCUGCUGGCCCAUCAAGCAAGAAGGCAAAAAACAGCAAGGAGAGCUCCAGCAGUGAAGAGUCCAGCAGUGAGGAAGAUGAAGCUAAGGCUAAACAAAAGAAGGCUACAACCCCUACUACCAAGGCAGUUAAGGCAGCAGCUACUAAAGCGGAAUCCAGCAGCAGUGAAGAAUCAAGUGAAGAAGAGAAGGCUCCAGCCAAAGCUCCUGUCAAGACUCCUGUUAAGGUUCCUGUGAAACCACCACUAGCAGCUGCAGGCACCACAAGGAAGAAAGACAGCAGUUCUAGCAGUGAGGAAUCAGACUCUGAAGACGAACAGGCCGCCAAAGCUCCUCCAUCAAAGGCAGUGGCUGCUGCUAAGCCCAAAGGUGCUACUCCUGCUAAAGAAAAGGAAGAAAGCAGCAGCGAAGAAAGUUCUGAGGAUGAGGAACCAACAAAGGUGAAGAAGGCUCCAGUCAAAGCUGUCCAAGUAAAAACGGUUGCUGCAGCUCCUGAAUCAAGCAGUGAAGAUUCGUCAUCUGAAGAUGAGGCGCCACCCGCAAAGAAACCCAAACCAGGAGCAUACAGUGCAGUUCCACCUCCUACUUCAACAAUCAAGAAGGCUCCAGUUGCAUCAGCUAAACCUACCCCAGCAAAAAAGGCUGUGCCUGCUAAAUCUACAGUAAAGAAGCCUGCUGCAAAGAAGGAGUCCAGUUCUGAGAGCUCAGAAUCAAGUUCGGAGGAAGAAGAGGUAAAAAAGCCUCCAGCCAAGGUCACACAAGCUAAAGCGGCCCCAGUCAAACAGACCUCAGCAAAAAAGGACGAGUCAUCAAGCUCAGAUUCUGACAGUAGCUCAGAAGAUGAAGCUCAAGCAAAGCCUGCUGCUAAAGUGGCUGUUCCUGUGGCUAAACCUGCCACUCCUGCUGGAAAGGCUGCUGCAGCAGAAAGCAGUUCAGACUCUGACUCUUCAUCUGAGGAUGAAAAAUCUGCGAAGGCCAAAGCAACCCCAACUCAACCUGCUGCCAAGGCUGCUGUUCCUGCUGCAAAGACUGCUGUUCCUCCUGCAAAGGCCUCAAAACCUGCAGCAAAAGCUGCUGCAGAGAGCAGCUCAGACUCUGACUCCUCCUCUGAAGACGAGGAAGAACCAGUCAAAGCCAAACCGGAAAACACUAAACCUGCAACUACUCUUGCCAAAGCGGCUACUCCAGCAAAGGCAGCAGCAAAAAGCAGCUCAGAAUCAGAAUCCUCAUCUGAGGAUGAAGAACCCACAAAAGCCAAGGCUGCAGUUAAACCUGCUGCUAAGAAAGCCGCUACCCCAGCAAAGGCAACAGCAACUACUCUUGCCAAAGCGGCUACUCCAGCAAAGGCAGCAGCAAAAAGCAGCUCGGAAUCAGAAUCCUCAUCUGAGGAUGAAGAACCUACAAAAGCCAAGGCUGCAGUUAAACCUGCUGCUAAGAAAGCCGCUACCCUAGCAAAGGCAACAGCAUCUAAAAGCAGCUCGGAGUCUGAAUCCUCAUCUGAAGAUGAAGAACCCACAAAAGCAAAGGCUCCAGUUAAACCUGCUGCUAAGAAAGCUGCUACCCCAGCAAAGGCAGCAGCAAAAAGCAUCUCGGAAUCAGAACCCACAAAAGCCAAGGCUCCAGUUAAACCUGCUGCUAAGAAAGCUGCUACCCCAGCAAAGGUAACAGCAUCUAAAAGCAGCUCAGAAUCUCAAUCUUCAUCUGAGGAGGAAGAACCCACAAAAGCCAAGGCUCCAGUUAAACCUGCUGCUAAGAAAGCAGCUACCCCAGCAAAGGCAACAGCAUCUAAAAGCAGCUCGGAGUCUGAAUCUUCAUCUGAAGAUGAAGAACCCACAAAAGCCAAGGCUCCAGUUAAACCUGCUGCUAAGAAAGCAGCUACCCCAGCAAAGGCAACAGCAUCUAAAAGCAGCUCGGAGUCUGAAUCCUCAUCUGAGGAUGAAGAACCCACAAAAGGUAAGCAGACUGCUGCUAAACCUGCUGUUAAGAAAGCAGCUCCUCCAGCAAAACCUGCAGCUGCUGCCGAAAGCAGCUCAGACUCUGACUCCUCUUCUGAAGACGAGCCAGCGAAAGCAAAGGCAGCGCCCACUUCAAAGGGAGCCCCGGAAGCAAAACCUCCAGCAAAGGCAGCAGCAGCUGAAAGCAGCUCUGACGACUCCUCGUCCGAGGAAGAUGAGGAACCUGCUAAAGCUAAGCCAGCUGCGACUAAAGCAGCCACUCCUUCAGCCAAAGCUAAACCUGCGGUGACAAAGGCUAAAGUGGCCAAGAAACCUAGCAAGGCUGCAGCAGAGGAGUCCAGUGAUGACAGUUCAGACUCUGAUACUCAAACCAAGAAGACACCUGCCAAGGCUGCCGUCGCCAAUGGCAUCGCUCGCAAAGCUGCAUCGGCCAAGCCUGCAGAGUCUUCAUCAAGUGAGAGCAGUUCAGAGGAGGAAGAGGAAGCCGUCGUGAAAAGUUCUGCUAAAACCUCUACACCUGCAGCAUCGAGCAAGCCAACAGCGGCUGCUAAAGACAGCAGUUCCUCCUCAGACAGCUCAGAGGAUGAGGCGCCUAAAAAAGCUGCCACAGCGCCCAGCACUCCUAAAACCAACGGCACCAAUGGAAAGCAGUCGUCAGAAAGCGAAAAAGAAGAAAAAGUUAAAAAGACUCCAAAAAACAAGAAAGCAACCACAACACCACAGACCUUUCCUAAAGAAAAUAAAAAAACUAACACACCGUUCCGAAGAAUAAGAGACGAAGAUGUGGAGGUAGACCCCCGCCUUGCAGAUAAUUCUUUUGAUGCAAAGUACGGGUCCAACGGAGACUGGGGCGAGAAAGCAAACAAUGUCCUCCGCUUCACUAAAGGCAAAUCAUUUCGCCACGAAAAGACAAAGAAGAAGAGGGGAAGCUAUCAAGGCGGUGCCAUCUCCACCACAGUCAACUCUAUCAAGUUUGACAGCGAUUGAACAAUGUCUCCUUUCACCUGAACUGUGUGAUGACGCAGGCUGCCAGUCGCCUGUAUGCUUUAUUCCUGGCCUAACAUUAAAGCAGCACACGACCUGCUAGAUAAUCCACUUGCAGGCUCGCUCACAGGCAACACUGAGUGGACUGAUGGUGAUAGAAGAAUGCACGAUGACCGUAUAUAGCCACUAGGUGGCUUAAGGCCGCCAGUCCAUACAUACAAAUCUGAUUAGAAUUGUAUUUUUUCCAUUUCAGCAAUUAUGAAUGGCAGCCAUCCAACCUUUUUUUUUUUAUCAUGUAAUCUCAAGUGUCUUAAUUUCUCUAUGUUUAAUGUGAAUAUUGGCGAGAGGGGUUGUACUCGUUUUUCCUUUAACUCCGCAUGGAGGAUAUAAGUAAAUUUUAUGCGGCGUAUUAAUUGUUUUAAGACCUCAUGGUAUGUUGAAAUUCUGUUUGUCUAGUAGUAAUCGACAGUUUAAACUUGUUACUGUACUUGUUUUCUAACCAUAACUAAAUAAAAGAUUGAAAAAUA